AAAUAAUUUUGAAUAAUAAAUUCAAAUUUUUUUAAGGCUUAAUUCUGCAUUUUUUAAUUACUUCGUAUUUGUUAUUGUACUACUCCUCAAAAAGGAUAUAAACAAAAAUUACUGGUAAUAAUCGUAUGUUAUUCCCUGUUACUGCCUGUUGCCGCGGGAGUUGCCACAUCCACGGCUACGCGCUCCUGACCGCGGUGCCCACGCGAGAAGCAUUUUGUCUCAGAAAGCGUCGCGGGCGGUUGUGCGCUCCGCACUAAUUACUAUUCACUUAUGCACAACUCCUCAAAAAUGUCCAAAAUAAUACAACUCAUCCUCAUCUUGCUGUCAGCCAUGUUGCCGUGCUAUAAUUUCCACGACUCUACUCACAGUGAAAGCGCAGUGACAAUUAAUGCAACUAGUAUUGUGAAAAGUUUUCAUACUAUCCAGUCGGUGAUUCUGAAGCGUUUUAAGUGCCACAGUGAAAUUUUUUGGGGCCAAUCGGAUAAUUUGAAGUUGUGGAAAAAACGGAGAAGAACCUUAAAGUUCGCUAAAGUGAUAAGUGACAUUGUUAAAUCAAGGGUCAAACUUAGUCCUAGAAUACGUAGAGGAGUGGCUCCUGACUCUCGAAGUAUAAAUCGAGUGCAAACUAGAUCUGCAGUGACUGUCCCUCAGGAGGCUUCGUUAUCGUUAGUGGCACGAUUCAAAAAAGAAUGGCCCGAGAGGCUUUGGAGGGAAAAGGGAUUGUAUACGGAUGAUUACUUGGUAUUGAUAAAUUCUCACUGGCUGCACUUCCCACCCCCUGACCCCAGAGUAAACUAUGCAUUGGGCAGUUUAUACAUAGUUAUGAUGGCUGUUGGUUGCUUCGGGAAUGCUCUUGUUCUUCUUAUGUAUCUUCGAUGCCGCAGCUUGCGCACUCCAGGGAACAUCCUGGUCGCAAAUCUUGCUCUCAGUGACUUUCUGAUGCUCGCUAAAACGCCGGUCUUUAUUUUCAACUCUUUUCACCUCGGCCCAGCGUUGGGAAAAACUGGUUGCAUAAUUUACGGAUUCGUGGGCGGUCUGACGGGCACGACGUCGAUAGCCACGCUGUCAGCGAUCGCACUGGACCGGUACUGGGCCGUGGUGCGGCCGCUGGAGGCGGUGGGCGCGCUCACCAAAAUCCGCGCGCGCGUGUUGGCUGUCAUCUCCUGGCUCUACGCCGCUAUCUUCGCUUCCAUCCCGGCGUUCGACAUCGGAUACGGACACUACGUCCCCGAAGGCUACCUGACCAGCUGCAGCUUCGACUAUCUCACCGAGGACCGCUCGCCUCGUAUCUUCAUAUUUAUUUUCUUUUGCGCCGCAUGGGUAGCCCCUUUCUGUACAAUUUCCUUUUGCUACCUUAGCAUUUUUCGAACCGUAGUCUGCAAACGGAAUAUUACGACUAAAAACCAAGAACAAAGGCUUUCAUCGAGACAUGUCAAGGAACGUGCCAAGCGCAAAGCGGAAAUUAAAUUAGCCUUUCUAGUCAUGGCCGUCAUAGCACUAUUUUUCAUAUCCUGGACGCCUUACGCCGUGGUCGCUCUUUUAGGCAUAUUUGGGAGAAAGGAUCUCAUUACGCCUUUAUCUUCCAUGAUACCUGCGUUAUUUUGUAAGACAGCCGCAUGUAUAAAUCCCUUUAUUUACAUAAUAACUCAUCCAAACUUUCGUAAGGAAUUCAAAAAAAUCAUAUAUAGAGAUAAGUCUAAACGAAUGGGCGGGACUAUAAAAACGAUAGGGUACUACACAGAGACAACCAAAACGCAUAGACCAAGUAAAGAUCUGAGUGACACUGAUGUUGAAGUCAUUGAAAUGAAGGACAUUCCUUACCAAACUGACGAAUUGAUAGAAAGUUAUGGUCCUACUGUUAAAACAAUAUCCUCAAGAGUAUCAGAUCGGGACGGUAUGAAAAGUUUCGAAGAGGACGUGGUGAGCCCCCCGUCCUGGUACUCCAAACCAAAAUUUGCUAAAAAGAAGAGCUUUCAACGACGCUCUCUCAGAAGUAUAGUGUCUUUAAAUACUGAUCCCACCGUUUAACUAAUUUUAGAAAUUCACUUGUCAAAAAACAGUCAAUUCAUAUAUCAACAAAAAAAGAAAAAAUAGUCAAUUAGGUAGCGCACCUAGAAGCACACAUUUAUGUGUCUAAGAAUUUGCAUAAUAGUACCUAUUUUAAAGUCUAGAUCGUAUAUGUAAAAUAAUUCAAAGUGAGGUUCAUUGUUAGUUUGUUUGCACCAAUGUUUGAAUAUAGUACCGGCUGGCUAUAUAUUCAUAUAAUGAUUAAGUCAAUCUAAGUAUUAAUUACUUUACUUAUUUGUGAAAUAUAAGUAAUAUGCCUACUUACAGCAUCGUAAAGUAAGUUCUACCACCACGUAACUCAGUUUUAGCAAUGUUUCAAUUCAGAGAGAAAACCGAUAUUUUUUAUAUAAGUACAUAAAUAAAACCUCCAAAAUGGCUUACGUGAUGAUAGAUUUAGGUUAAUAGAAUGUUAUGUAAAAAGAGUUAAACGCAAUAAUUUAUUCAUUUUAUAUCGAACAUACAGUUACUUAAAUUUUUCAUAUCAUGUAAGCAUGUGGGUGAGCCACAACUACAGCGAUUAAUAAUAAUGGCGAUAGAAAUGGAGAAAAUGGAAAUGCAUUUAGAUACUAAUGUAUCUAUACCGAUCUACGUUUCCGUAGGGAUCAUGCAACUUUCGUUUAAUAAAUAUUUCCUAGUUGCCCAAAUUCUAUUUCUUCGUAGUACUUACCUAGUCAGCAAUAAAUAUCUACCUAUGUUAGUAGAAAAUGUACUACUUUUGUAAAGAAAGAAUCUAAGUAGGCAAUUACGUGACUAAUUUAUUAGGAAAAAUGUUAAAUAAAAAUCGUGGUUUGGUAAAAAUCAUCUUGUCGGUGUUUUUAUUACAUGAAAAAAUUAGGUAUUUUUAUUAUAGGUACUACUGAACUAUAUACAUGACUCAAUUUGACCCACGGUUUAUACCAAAGAAAAGCACGCCUCCAUCCCCCAUUCUCCUUUUCCUAAAGUUAACGAAACAAAGCUACACACUACUAGCAUUUCGCAAUGACCACGUUUUUUCAUGAAAGUUUGACGACAGGAAAUAGGUAUUUUAAAACAGAAGAAUAUGAUAAAUUUAUUUCUCAGAUAAAAAUCACACACAAACACCUAACCUAACCACUUUAAAAUAAAUGCGAAUUUUCAAACUUUCCAAAUAAUUUGCGACGAUUUUAUCGGUGAAUUCCUGCAACAUUUCUUAGAAAUUUACAAAAAAAAAUCUACUUAAAUAUCCAUGAACUCUAACCGUUCUCUAAUUUACGCUUGUACGUUAUCAGUCAGACAAAGUGGACUUGGAACUCGUUUUAGUAUUUUAGUCCAGGUUAUGGCCCAAAAGGGCCUAUUUUUGGCCUCGGCCCGAAAAUUAGGCAGAGUCCUAGACUUCGAUAGUUUUGUGAUAUACUUCGGUAUCAUCGGAUAAAACUUUGGCUAUCGACGUCAAAAGUCCAGACUUUGAUUGCUGAAAUUUUGUGGACCGUGGUCUUUUAAGACAAAAUCUAAAUUUUAUAGAGACCGUAAUUUUUGUAUGGGAAAAUAUUCUCGAG